AUGAACCAUUGGUUGGCGUUCUUAAACAAGCCUGAAUCCUUAAAGGAGAAGAAUUUUGAUUGUGAUCAACAGGAAGAGAUGAGAGAUGCUGUUAGUAAUACGUCAAUGAAAUCGCCUGAAAAAAAACCUUUUCGAGGACGGCGUUCACAAGCAUGGAUAGAAUCAGAAGCAUCAGCAUCAACAACUACUGGAAAAUUUAAUACUCAGGACAAUGUAUCUUCUGAUAUCGUAUCAAAAAUGUCAAGUAAGCGUUUUGGAAAAAAUCGUUCUGAGAGUUGGGCGAGCUCAAAGGCUUCCUCACCUUCCGGUAAUGUAAGUACGUUGGAAAAACCUAUCGAAGGUAAUGUUGUAAUAUCUCCAAAUAAGUUUUUACAAAGAGGUAGUUUACCAACCGUAGGAAUAGGUUCACAGGCCCUAUCACCUGCCGGAAAGCCAAGUACACUAGGAAAUGUGAGUCCCAAUAAGUUUACUACAUACAAGGCACACAACAAUAUAGAAGUGAGUAAAUUCUCUUCUACACCCACAAAACUACCUACCAAUGUCCGUGAACCCUGUGGGAUACCUAAAGGUGAGCAAUAUGUUCUUAACAGUGAAAACAUGGACGCAAACAUAGAAGUGGUGCAUCUAGAAAACGUUUUUUGUUCAUCAAGAACAUCAGAAGAGGAACGGUCCGAGUACAUAAAAUUGAGAGAAAUAAGACUAUCUUCGUCCUCCAAUGAAGGAAGUAGUAUGUCUAGAGGAAGCAAUUUCCCAAACAUGUCGGGAGAAGUUCAGCUGCAAAAUAAAGAGAUUACAGCUUUAAGAGAAAGGGUUAAUAGAAACGAUGAUAAUAUUAAAGAAUUAGAGGAACUUAGGAGGUUGAAUAACACUAAAAUUCAAAAAAUUGAAUACUUACAAAAAUCAUUACAUGACGAGAGAAAAGCUGCGUCUAAAAGGCUUAGGAUUGCCCAAGAUCGGUUUCGUAAAGAAAUCACAAAAAUUAGAGAAGAAGAACUUUCAAAGCUUCAAAACAAAAAUACUAGCAAUGAGGAGAGACAUGAAGUAGAAGAAGAGAAGACUAAGCGCAAAGCUUUUUCUCAAAGAAAUAUUCUAGUGUCAGAACUCUAUAGAAAGCAAAAACAAAAUUUGAAUUUGCAGCAAGAGAACGAUAUUUUUUCAAAAGACAUUGAAGAAUCGAAAAAUUCUAUAGCAAAGCUUCAAUCAGAAGUUGAAAUGUUGAAAAGUAAACUACAACUCUCUCAGGAUGAAAAUAUAAAGUUGAAAGAUAAUAGUUCAUUUUACGAGAAAAGAUUAAAUGACGUUUACAGCUAUAUGCAAAACCUUCCUCUUUUUGAAAAAGAUUUUGGUAAGUUUAUAUUAGAGGAAAUGAAGCAUGGCCAUGCUCCUUCAACGUUUCAAAGCCGUUUCACCAAGCUUUAUCCGGAUUUCAAAGAUGCUAAGCAUUUUGAGAAUAUGGAGCAAUACAAACAGCUAAAAGGAACGAUACAAGUCCUAGAAAGGAAUGAUCGUAUACGUUUAGAGAAAAUUAAUUCUGUUUUUAAACUAAUAAGUGAAAGAUUACACUUUAUGCAGCAGCAGCAUAAUCAGAAAAUAAAAUAUCUUCAAAAAGAAGCGUCAACAAAAGAACAACAGUUCCGUUUGGAAAAAAAGAGAUGGCACGAUAUUUUGAAUCUCAAGAACGAAAACGCUCAAAAAAUAACAAGUGAACUGAAGGAAAAAUUAGCAUUGAGUGAAAAAAUCCAAAAAAAUGCUGAAGAUAAGUUGAAUGAUUAUAUGCAUGAACACCAGGAAAUCAUUGAGAAGCUUCAAAGUCAAUCUCUAAUCAUUGAAGAAUUGAAUAAUCAAAUUGAAGAUUCUAAUAUCAGACACAAGAGAAUAACUGACGAGCUAUUUGGGAAAAAAAAUGAAGUACUCAAACUUGAAGAAACAGUCAGAUCACUCAAAGAAGAUAUACUUCAGGAAAAGCUAAAUUUGGAAAAAUUAUACGGUGAUUCUUACACCGAACUUAAUUUCGAAACCGUGGGUAAAUCUUUUCCGCAUAUAACAAAGGAAAAAUAUGACUCUUUGUGUCUCGAUAUUCUGGCAGAUCUCUCCUAUGUGCAAUCGCAAAAUCUAAUUAAAAAUUUACUAAUUGUACUGGAUAUCCCAGUGAAGACCUUCUUAAAAAUUGUACCAACGAUUGUCAUUCAACUAAGAUGUGAACUUGUACUUCUCACGAAAUUUGCCAAUGAUUUAAACCUGAAAGUUUUUGGUAAACAGUUAGAUUUCAAAAAUAGAAGGAAGGUUGCAAUGAACGAGUUUUUAAACAAUCACGAUAUCGCUGAAGUAAAGCAUCCUCUUGAAUAUGAUUUGCAAGCGUUGUUUAAGUAUUUUUUUUCUUAG